AUGAAAUACGCAGUCUCAUUUGCCGCCUUGGUGGCAGGCGCUGUGUCACAGGCUACUUUCGAGCCUGCAGACUUCAACGUGACUGAGGCACUUCUCGAUAACGGUGUCAAUGUCUCGGCUAUCCCCGAGCUUGCGCCAUUGGCAGAGAGAUCACUGCUGAGUGGUUGCUCCAUAGCCGUAAGUACUCGUCUAUACGAUCUUAGUUCAAAGCUGACGAAUCGCCAGUGCAACUCUUUGAAGUUAAUCUUUGGUGAUGACCAAGUUGAAACACGCUCGGAAUCUGCCUACAGUGCGUUCGUCGGGGCCUACUGGUCUGCUCAACAAAGACAGCUUUCACCACAGUGCGUCUUCAAGCCCAAGAAAGCUCUGGACAUCUCAACCUCUAUCCUCCUUGCCCGUCUUACGCAAUGUCCCUUUGCAGCCAAGAGCGGAGGUCACUCAGCUGUAGCGGGUGGCUCGAAUAUCGAGGGUGGCAUCACUAUAAGCUUCGAGAACAUGAGCAAGACAACGGUAUCUUCUGACAAGAAGAGUGUCUCAUUUGAGCCUGGCCAGACAUGGUACGAUGUAUACACAGCUCUGGAGAAGGACAACGUUACAAUCAUCGGUGGCAGAGUGAGCAGAAUCGGCGCCUAUCACGAGUAUGGUUUAGCAUGCGACAACGUCCUUGCGUACGAGCUGGUCACCGCAUCUGGACUGAUCAUCAAUGUCAGCGAGAAAUCGUUCCCAGAUCUUUACUGGGCUCUACGAGGUGGCGGCAACAACUUCGGUCUCGUCACAAAGUUCACAGUGAACGCUAUCCCCCGAGCACCGACAAUGUGGGGUGGGAUGCGAACGCAUCUCCCGACCAAUUUCACUGCUCUUACGAAGGCAUACUACAACCUCGGUAUGAAUGCGAACAAGGACGGAAAAGCCCACCAGAUCUUAUCGUUUGGCUGGGGCAGACCUAACCUUGGUCCUGUCGCUCAGCUUGAGCUGGAAUACUCAGACCCCGUUGCCGAUGCUCCAGUUCUCGCCGAGUACAACAGUAUCAAAGGAGCAAUUGCAGAUGGAACGGGAGUCAAGAGUCUCUCCACUCUUACUUCGAUUCUAGCUGGCCCCGCCACUGGAAACGGCCUUCGACAGGGCUUUUGGACCUGGACUACCACGCUCGAUCUGGAGAUGGCAAACACCGCCAGGGACAUCUUCUUUGAGGAACUCCCGAGCAUCAUGGACGCGGCAGCCAUUAUCCCAGCUCUUUCACUCCAGGUGAUCACCGAACCUAUCAUCGAGCAGAGUGCUAAGAGAGGAGGCAAUCCGCUGGGUCUCGACCCCAAGGAAGGACCAUUGAUGCUGGCUCUAGUAUCUCUGAAAUGGUCCGACCCUGCGGAUGACGAGAGGCUCAACACAUUCGCCAGAAGAGUCCAGGAUCGUUCCUCCGCUGCCGCAAAGGCUGCAGGGAAGAUGAACGACUACCUCUACAUGAACUACGCCAGUCCAUACCAGAACGUCGUCGCUGGGUAUGGUGCAGCAAAUCAAGCUAAGCUGAAGACCAUCUCAAAGAAGUACGAUCCAACUGGUGUGUUUGAGACGCUCCAACCCGGCUAUUUCAAGCUUGACGGCACGCCAUCGGGUGAGUUCUAG